AAGACAUGAAGUUAAAAAUCUGGAGUCGAAGAUUGAGAAACUGAAAGAGGAAGUGGAAACGUUCCAACAACAAACAUAUGAUAAACGUGAGGACAUACAAAACAUCGAGAAGAAGAUACGUAAGUUGAUGGAAGAUAUUGAACUCGAGAAAGACGAAUUAGCAAAGUUGGAGAAAAACGUUAUACCGGAACUAAAGAAACAGAUUGAAGAAGCUGAAAUAAGACUUGAAGUGCUCAAAGUUACUGUUGAAGACACAUCAAAUGCCAUCCCGGCCCUGGAGAAACAGGUGCGGGACCUGAUACUUAAUCUCACAAAAUAUGGCACUGAUGUAAAAGCUGAAAAGGAUAACAUUGCGGAACUGUACAGCUUGGUUCUUCAGUUGGGAAAAGACCUUUCAGAUCGGAAGAAUGAUCAGAAAGCACUCACUGAAAAGUUGCAGAGAAUAGAAGACGAACAAGCAAGACAAAACCGUCAAUUUGAAGAUGAACGGAGAGAAAAAGAAGAAUUACAAAGCCAGAUACAAAAACUACGUAAGGUGAUCGAGGAAAAGGACGCAAACCAAAUCAAACUGGAACAACAACUUAAAGGUAUUUCUUAUGCAAGGACAGCAGCAGCAGAGAGCAAGGUACAGGAACCUCAGGAUGCAGUGGAAGAGAAAACCACCAAGGACAAACACGGAAGGGAAGAAGGAAAGAAAGUGACACAGAAAGACUCCGACCCCAGUCAUGUCGCCGCCCUCCUUGCUGCCUGCCGUGAUGGGAACAUGGCAGAGGUGAAGCGUGUCCUGGAAUUGGGACAGGUGGACAUCAACUGUAGAGGAGGAGGAGAGCGCCAGACUCUUGUGAUGUGGGCAGCAGAGCGGGGACACAGAGAGGUGGUGGAGCUGCUACUGAGUAGAGGAGCUGAUUUGUCACUGGUGGACACGGACGGUAACAGCAUCCUUCACUACGCCUGUGGUGGGGGAGAUGUGGGGACGGUGGAGUUGAUACUGUCCAUGGACGUGGUGGACGUCAACUGUAGAGGAGGGUGGAGGAGCCGGACACCGGUGAUGGCGGCAGCACUGGAGGGACAGAGAGAUGUGGUGGAGCUGCUGAUGAGAAGAAGAGCUGAUGUGUCACUGGUGGACGAGGACGAUAACAGCAUCCUUCACUACGCCUGUGGUGGGGGAGAUGUCAGGAUGGUGGAGUUGAUACUGUCCAUGGACGUGGUGGACGUCAACUGUAGAGGACGGUGGAGGCGGACACCGGUGAUGGCGGCAGCACUGGAGGGACAGAGAGAUGUGGUGGAGCUGCUGAUGAGAAGAAGAGCUGAUGUGUCACUGGUGGACGAGGACGAUAACAGCAUCCUUCACUACGCCUGUGGUGGGGGAGAUGUCAGGAUGGUGGAGUUGAUACUGUCCAUGGACGUGGUGGACGUCAACUGUAGAGGACGGUGGAGGCGGACACCGGUGAUGGUUGCAGCACUGGAGGGACACAGAGGUGUGGUUGAGCUGCUGCUGAGUAGAGGAGCUGAUGUGUCACUGGAGGACUUGUACGGUAACAGCACCCUUCACUGGGCCUGUGAAGGAGGCGACGUGGGGACGGUGGAGUUGAUACUGUCCCGGGACGUGGUGCACGUCAACUGUAGAGGAGACUGGAGCCGGACGCCGGUGAUGGCAGCAGCCGACAGGGGACGCAGAGAUGUGGUUCAGCUCCUACUGAGUAGAGGAGCAGAUGUGUCACUGGUGGACGAGGACGGUGACAGCAUCCUUCACUACGCCUGUGAAGGAGGCGACGUGGGGACGGUGGAGUUGAUACUGUCCCAGGACGUGGUGGACGUCAACGCCAGGAACAACCGCGGGAAGACAGCGGCCGACAGGGCGAGAGGCAGGGGACGUCAUCAACUGUUCGAUCUCCUUGAGUCACGUGGUGCUCGGUGAAGUGGUUGUGUUGUUGGUGUAGACAGUGAUGAUGCUGUUAUUGUUUGCAAUGUAGGACCAAGUUUAGAAUUAUUGUUGUGUUUGAGGAGAAAAAAACUUGUUGAAAACAUUUUCAGACAUUUUGUCAUUUGUUUUCAUGUGGAUGUUUUCAAGAUCAGGUAAGAAGAUUGUUGACUGAGUGCAAUAUUUAUAUACAACAUGAAAGUCGACGUAGUGGUGGACAUUGAUAUGUGAUUAUGUGACAAACUGAGUCACAGAUAUGUGACAAACAAACAACAAACAAACAUCUCGAUCCACACUGAGGCCAUGGGGCGCCAAAUGUACAGUGACGGUGACGUCACAAUACCUAUGACGUCAUGGCUGUGUUACCAACCUGACAGACAGGGAUGGGGGAGUUGGUUUUCAGUUUGUUACAAAGAACAUAAUUUUAUUUCUCCUAAUGUUUUCUUGAUUUGUGGCAUCAAGUUAGACAAAGAACACCCGUCUAUAUAGGUACUCGUGCCGGUGUGUGGUCAACAGCACCUUCGACGUAGGAGACUUGUAUAUGUGAGCAGUCACACCGGCGACGGAGUCUGACAGGUCGCACAUCGGGUUUUCCAUUCGCACCUCAAUGAACCGGGGAAAAACCCACAGGCAAUCCAUAAUUACAUUGAACUUGUCUAACGUGGUAGUUAGCUCUUUCAACACCAGUCAACCAGAGGCAUUUACUGCCAUGACACCGAGUUCCUAGUGACUCUAAGGUCAUGGAUGAAGCCUAUGUUUAUGAAGGAAAUUAUAAGCUUGUAAAACGUUAUUGCUACUACAUCUCAUACACCAUUUA